UAUCCCUUAUUACACGAUUCGCUUCCGCGCCGGCCGCACGUUCUCUAGGCGUCAGCCGACCUCUGGCAGAGCGGAGUGCGAAGUGCUAGUUUGUUUACAACGUAGCGAUGCAUAGUGCGUUACUUAGCGCAAUUGUGUGAUCGACCGUUCGCCAGUUAUCACUAAAUUAUGAGUGAAUUAUGGACAAUACUCGUCUCGGAGUUUUUGCGUAAAAACUUUUUGUGAACUUUUGAGGUCAAACUGCACUUUAUGAUCUCAUUAGCACCAAAUCGAACUGUGAAAUUUUCUCUACAGUAAAACUUUGUGUGCCAUUUACACAAGUGUAAUUGUGUACAUUGAACUUUUAAAGACUUUCGCCCUGAAAAAAAUACUUGAAGAAAAUUAAAAAUAGUGAUUUACGAAUUUCGUCAAAAAUCUGCUUAAACUUUUAAAAAUUGAACUUUAAAGUAGAAAAAAAACUGCUGAAAAUCAUCAAGAAGAAGUAGCCGAGACUAUUGCAAAGCAACUGCAUCAACUUCUAACUUUUUGAAAAGAAAGAGAAAAAUUCCGAGAUAAAGAUGGCAAUAGCGUUCAACCUGCCGAGUGAGAGAGAGGCGAACGAGGAGAACUUCUCCAGGUUGAACCGCCUCCUCGCCGAGCUGUACGAAGUUCUGUGCCACAUCUUGGUAUCUCGUCAACCCGGUCAAGAAGUCCAUGAGAAUCGGCGAGAUCGACCAUAUUCCGAAUCCGACGUGGAGCGACCACCGCCGCAAACAACUCCGCAAUGCCGACGUUCAGCAUCUUCGCCUCCGCUCACCCUGACCCUCGACUCCGACCUCGACGACGACGUCUUCAUAAGCCCGAGGACCGACAACGGGAACGACCCAUUUUCCACUAGGAAUCUGGAGAUAUUCGGCGUAGGAAGCCCUAGGACUCCAGCUGGCGUGCUAUUGAGUCCGAGGCGAGAGAGGACGUUUACAUUCUCUGUGACCAGCGAGAAGCACUGGCGCGACAAGGGUGGAACGGGCGCUGCCGACGCCACUGAUGCAGCUAGCGACGAAAAUGAUGCUGACGUGACCGACGCGGCGUCGCCUGAAGACUCAUCUGUGACGUCAGACAAAGACAAUUCUUCUGAGAGCUCCAUUUUCUCGUCGAUCAUACCCGACAAGGUAUCCGGAUCAAUCUGCACUGCGAUUCUCUUGAUGCUUGGCUGGAAACUCUUGUCCCACAAACGAUGAACGCCAUACGAGUACUUUUAGUGGGUAUUUCACCCGAAACGAAUUAGCGUGCUACGAAUAAUUCACACAUUAUUCGAAGCUACGCAUUGAUAUUUCUCUCUAAGAAACUGUAUUAUUAAAGGGCUCAAAUAACCCUACUGUUUAACCCGUAGACGUAUUAACACGCAACUUUAAAUUAUAAAGCUGCGUGCAAUUAAUAUCUGUCUGUUAUCAAACGCACAUUUUAUAUAUAAGUAUUCUUAUUAUAUACGAAACGUAGACGUAUUCUUUAAGGAAAUAUUCGAUUAAAGUAAAACGAAAAUUUGUGCUCGGCCUAUUGUAGACAUUGAAGUUCGAUUGCUGCUUUAUCCAAGUUAUUAUAGUAGGCUCUAGCUUGUAGUAAUUAUUACCCAAUAGGUAGGUUUGUUUAAGGUAAUAAAUACGACUAAGUCGAUUUGGUAAGAUAACUCUGCCUCGUCCUCGACAUUAUUCAUAGCUCCAACAAGGGCGCAUGACGUAGUCAGCGCGGAGCAUUAGAAUUUCGAUUGGGUUGCGAAAGGCUGAAAACGAAACGAUAUUAUGAAAAGACAAUGUUUAAAUACAUUUUGUACUGAUUGGAAAAGGACCUACAAGUAAGUUUUUAACUUGAAUGCGUUCAUAAAACGCAAAAGAAAUUCUAAAAUGAUUUUUAUACGAAACUUUUUAUAGGGUAAGAUGUAUUACAUCAAUAGGAUCCUGUUAGUAGAUAUUGCUUACCUGGAUGUUUUAUAUCAUAACUUUUGAAUGUCAAUUUUACAUUCCGCUUUCGGUGUUAAAAUAUAACCAUAGAUUUAAAUACAGUUUACAUCAAAAUAUACACAUACAUAAUAAUAAACCGUAGCAACUUCUUCUUAGAAAACUGUCUGAAACUUUUAUCAUUAAUGGACUAGUUAUAUAAAAGAGAAAAAAAAGAUAAAGAUUUUAUUUUCAUUAUAAUAAAGUCCGUGUCCCCAUAAAUUGUUCCAAAGAGAGCAGCCUAAAAAUUAUCAUCGAUUGAUCUCAUUUUAUUAUUUUUGUAAUAAAAAUGUUUAUUUUAGAAUUAAUAUUUAUGCGUAGGCCAUUUUGAGUAGAGAUCGUGCCAAGUUGUUUGAGAUGGAGAUUUUAUCAGAGAGGGUCUAUUUUAAUAUCAUGAUUUGAUAAGUUCUUGUAAAUAAUUUCGAUUAAGCGUGAUUCAUAGCUCUGUCAUUUCUGUUUCAUAAACAAUUUAUCACGAGGAGUUGGCUAUUAAAUUCAUAAUACUUAGCCAUUCAAUAUUUAAGACAAGUCCUUUGUUUCUUUUUUAUACAAUAUAAAUUAAACGAAAGCUGAUAUUCAUUGUCAUAUUCUAUACCUUCAUUAGAUACGUAUCUACUGGAUUAUCCAGUUCCGUAAAAUAAAAAAGUUGGGUUUGUAACGAAGUGAGAAUUUUAAGUGCGAUUGCGAAUGUUUAUGCGAAAGCGAAUGUGUCAACCUGCCCUUGCGAAGAAUGUGUUUAAAGUGCAUUAUCUCUAUAUUUUAGGACUUUUUAUUUGUACUUGAAUAAUUGUGGAUUCUAAUUAGUUUAGUAUUUGGAAAGGUAAUGCAGUUUCAACAUUGUUUUGACCAUGCUUUGCGAAACGUUACAACCCAAAACAACAUCUUUUUUAUUCCAUUGCAUAAUAUAAAUUGGAAUUUGAAUAAAAACGAUGAUAAUGGAACUGGAUUAUCCUUAGAUUUUUUCUUCAAAAUUCUAAUUAGAAAAAUCUGUGCUUACAGUUUUUCAGUGGCACACGGUCUACUCCAGACACUGUGUUUAGAGAAGCAGUCUUCUGAACUAGUUGUUCAAAUCCUCAAGUCACGCAGCAGAAAUGAUAUGAGCUUUAAUAGUUUAUUAUAGUUAUGUAAAUGUACAUACUCUUAGUUUGUGCUAGCUGUCUACUCGUAGCAAUAAGGUUCUGAGGCUCCUAAAAUUAUCUUACUGGAUUCCCAGGCAGCUAACACCUUUGGAAAUGUAACCAUUAUGAAAAUUGUAUUAUUAACACCUAAAUUGAACGAAGCCUUCUUAAGAUUCGAAAUGUUAAUUAAGUACCUACUUUAUUUGUAAUUUGGUUUUGAUUUUCAUUAUAACACAAUACAUUAAUAGACCACCUGAAAAAUUGCCAAUAGAAUAGAUCGAUAUAGUUUUUCAGUAGAUUUCAUCAUAAUUGUGUAUUUUUGGAAGUCUGAUAUAUUAAAAGGUCCAGUGGGAACAAAGUAUUUGGGAACAACUUUCUGUUUAUAUUUUAAUCGAUAUAAUUUUAGUUAUUUAUUUUAAGAAGUUACAAAUUUAGGAAGGAUGUGUUCAAAUGUGAUAUUUAUUUAAGAAAAUUAUUGAAUAAAAAGAAGUUUUCCUAAUGAUCUCUUGGAAACUCUUAUUUGCUGAAUAAUUUUUGCUGUUUGUGCUAACGAACAUAAUUUUUAUCUUAUAAAUUUAGUUUU